AUGUCUGCAAAGAUGCCUGGGAAGUUGAAUAAACUUCUUAGCUAUGCCAUGAUUCAUGUCCACGUUGGACAUGACCUCAAGGAUUUCGGUGUCCACAAAGACCUUGUCUGUCAUCAUUCACCAUACUUUAAAGCUGCUUUGAACUCGGGAUUUGAGGAGGCUACAACUGGAAUUAUAAAAUUUCCGGAAGUCAAAGUGGAAGUUUUCGAAUUAUUCUAUCAUUGGCUGUAUACUCAGGACUUGCAUUUGCCUUUGUGGGACUCAACCACAUCGAGUUCUGAGGUUCGUAUCACAAGGGACUUGGGAGAGGAUCACAGCGUGUGUGCUUUUUGCAACCAGGAAGAUACAUUUUCAGUUGAUAGCGCCUAUGAUAGCGACGCGGACAGCUGGCUUAGAAUUACGCAUAAUGAUACUUGCCGUUUGCAUUUGUUUUGUAAAAAGCAACUGAAACUGCUUUCAAAGCUCUACGUUUUUGCCGACAUGACACAGGUUCCCGUACUCCAGAACUCUUGUAUCGAAAAGUUUCAUGAAAUGGUAAACUUGGGAAGGCGUGUUCCUGUCGAACUCAUAGAAUAUAUUUGGGGGAACACAAUGGAACAUGACAAACUUCGCAAACUCAUAAUCGACAUGAUGGUAUGGGAAACGGCUCCAGAAUUCAGCCUCUUUGUAGCCCAUCCCAUACCGACUCUCGUUCUGGGCGAAGUUCACUCCACCAUGAGAAGAAACUUUAGAGCUGCUGUUCAUGGAACUGGGGGUGCAUUAAGCAAUCCUUUGUGGAACAUCGAAAAAUACUUUAUAAACGUCGAUACGGAGGCAGAUAAUGGCUAUCGAGGCAUGUCAGCUGGAUUUUGA